AUGCAACAAACCUCUAGCACCUGUGAGCCUACAGAAGACAUCGCUGCCAAACUCUAUAUGCUCUACAAUGCACAUCCUACUAGCGAGAAAUACUGGUUUCAAUUAGGCAAAGUGGGAAAGGAUGGCGGCGAGUACCUAUCCAUGCAGAGCGCUCUAGAUCUCCGAGAUUUGCUCCGAGGGGCUGCCCAGCGGGAGGUGCAAACUCUCUGGGAGGCUGAAUUGUAUCCAUCGUGCCGUAGCCUUGCAGUUUUUCUUCCUCAGGCCACCAACUUUCAGUGGUUGCUCAAUUCGAGGAGAAUCACUCCUGAGUACACCAUAUUCUAUGUGGUCAAGGUGGGAGAUGCCAUCCCUUCAGUGGUGGUUUUUGAAGGGAAGCCUGGGAACAAGGUGAACCUGACAGAGCGGUUCACGGGCAAGAAGGGGGUACUGUUUGGAAUCCCUGGGUCCUUUACCCCGGCCUGUUCCAAGACCCACUUGCCAGGGUUUGUGGAGCAGGCUGAGGCUCUGAAGGCCAACGGGGUUCAGGUGGUACCAUAUCUGAGUGUUGAUGAUGUUUUUGUGACUGAAGUGUGGGGACUAGCUCACAACUCAGGAGGCAAGGUUAGGCUCUUGGCUGACUCCGCUGGGAGCUUUGGGAAGGAAACAGAUUUGUUACUAGAUGAUUCACUGGUGUCUGUCUUUGGAAAUCGCCAGCUCAAGAGGUUCUCCAUAGUGGUAGAGGAUGGCAUAGUGAAGUCCCUGAAUGUGGAACCAAAGGGUAUAGGCCUCACCUGCAGCCUGGCUCCCAACAUCAUCUUGCAGCUCUGAGGCCCUGGGCCCAGACAUACUACUUCUACCCUUUUCUAUUUCACCUGCCCAACCCCAGAUGGAGGGCCCCAGUCCAACCUGAACAGGGGCCACCCAAUGGGAACCUUUACCAAAUUUCUGCAAUAA